AUGUUAAAUCUGAUAAACUGUAUAUUUAAUUUUAUCUACAUCAUCAUCAUUUCUUCUUCUUCUUCUUCUUCUUCUUCUUCUUCUUCUCAUUCUUCUUCUUCUUCUUCUUCUCAUUCUUCUUCUUCUUCUUCUUUUCCUCCUCCUUCUCCUUCUCCUCCUUCUCCUCCUCUUCCUUCUUGUGCUUGUUCUUGUUCUUCUUCUGUUCCUCGUACUCCUUAUUCUUCUUCUACUCCUUCUCCUCCUCCUUCUCCUUCUUCUCCUCCCCCCUCUUCUUUCUUCUUCUUCUGCUGCUGCUCCUCCUUCUCCUCCUCAUUCUUCUUCUUCUUCUUCAUUUGCCACCUUACAAAAAUGGGUUGUUUCCUUACCUUUCUCAUCAUCAGAUUCACCCCACAUUGGAAUAUCGUGCGUGGAGCUCCAGACCGAGGGAGAUUGAUAUUUAAUUGGUGUUUCUUCCGUUUUCUUAUUAUCACACCAACACUUGACUCAUUCUCACCUAGCUUCUUGCCAAUCACCUUGUAUCCCAUUCUAGUCUUGUGCGGGUAUACAAUAUUCUCCUGGAUGUCCUUAGACAAUUCUUUCGUCUUGCCCAUUGUGGAGAGAUUAGAUUCUGUUUCAUUAAGGGAUUCUGUGAACUAG